CGUAGGAUGUAGUACUACUAAUUGAGAGAGGAGAAAUGGGAGAGAAUAGAAAAAGAAUCAAUCAGAGUAUCAGACAAUCCCCCGUCCUCGCCUAAUUCCCCAGAGCCAAGAGGUCCCCAGUCUCCGACUUCGAGAGAGCAGAAGAGAGGGUUGGCAUCGCCCCCAAAUUUCACCAGCUUCUCUACUUCCUCGGCGCCUCUCUCUCUCUCACUCUCUCUCUCUUCGGCAUCUUCAGCUGAAAAUUGGGAUGUCUCGCCGAAACUCUUCCAAUGGAGCCGACCGGCACCACCAAGACGGAGGACCCAGCAACACCACUCGAUACGGCAGCAAUCGGAACUACGUUCCCAAGACGCAGAAGAAAUUCGUUCCGAAGCAACAGAGCCCUAACCCUAGCACGCCCACUCUCUCAGAUUCCCUACGGCGAUCCGCCUCAUCUACGCAAUCCGAUGCUGCUGCUCCCUCGUCAUCCGGCGGCGCCGCUCCGUCGAGUAGGGUCCGGAUAGGGGACAGCGGACAGUGGGUGUCGAAUAGAGCUGGCGUUGGAACUCAGACUGGCAAGUUUGUCAAUUACUUGCCGCAGGAUGAGGCGGUUGCGGCGGGGCUCGGGGCGGAGAAAGGCGGCCUUGAUGCCGUUGAGUCGCAGAGAGUUGUUGAUCUGUUGAAUAGAGAGUUGGCUCGGCUGCUUAAGCUGAGCCCUAGAGAGUUCUGGAAGGAAGUGGCCAAUGACGCAUCACUGCAUGGGUUUUUAGAUAGCUUUCUAAAGUUUAGGAGCAGAUGGUAUGAUUUCCCUUAUCGUGGAGCCAAGGAUAUCGUUGCUGGGGUCAUUGUUGGAGAUCUUGAGUUAUGUCGGCGUGUUUUCAUGGUAUUGUAUCGCAUAUCCUCUAAUAGGGAUCCUGGUGCCAGGGCUGCUGACAGUCUUAGCUCAAAUGAUCAUUCAGUCCUUCUGCAGGAGAAAAAGUUGCUAGAUUUGCCUAAGUUAUUGGAUAUAUGUGCCAUAUACGGCCAUACAAACGAAGAAUUGACUGGAGUCCUGGUGAAAAAUGCUUUGAACUCCCAGCCCGGCAUCCAUUAUAAUUUGACUACUGUGAUGUCGCACUUCCUGGGAAUUGUCCAAACAAUGUACCAACGCUGCACUUCAUCUAUGGAGGUUUUGUUUUCAUCCACAAGCCCUGAAGUGGCUGGGUUCAGUCAGCUUCAUAACGAUUUCUUGGAGGUGAUGGACUUCAUCAAUGAUGCCAUUGUUUCUAUCGAUGCGUUGGUUGCGGCAUAUAAACCAGCAGCGUUGUUCUUUUCACUCCCUGUGCUAAUGAGUGAUGAACAUGGCGAGUUGCUGAUCGUGCUAGCAAGAUUGCAUGACAGUCUCAUUCCCUCUUUCCAGCGAGGGUUCAGGACGAUGUUUUCUCAGCAAGGAGAUGCUGUGAUGAUAUCAAGUGUUGCAAUUAGCUUGAAGAUGUUAUCACAUAGAAUUGCCACUUUUGGUUGGAAAAUACUGGACUUCUGCUAUUUAAGCAAAGAACUUUUUGAAGAUAUGUCGUGCCUUCCGGAAUUGACAAAGAUGUUUCCUGCAAAUGUCGAGGAUCCAAUGAUAAGGGCAGAGAUACUAAUCCAAACAUUCAGAGAGAUCAACGGAGUCUCACUUUCUACUUUGGAGACUCAUGGUAAUAGUACAUUUCUAAAGAACAUCGACAAGAACUUCCAUCUUAUGGAUAGACUGAACAGCUUGCAGAGCACAGGAUGGAUAUACUUGGAUGAUGAAAACCUCCAGUACUUAUCUGGGAUAAUGAUGUCUCCUCCUAAGAACACUGUUACAGAUCCGCUUGUUCUGCCGCCAUCUACUGUUCAGCCAAGCAAAGUGGUGAUGGAUGAAGAUACAGCUUUCUUGGAAUCCAAAAUCAGUCAGAUAAAGGACCUCUUUCCUGACUACGGUAACGGUUUCCUAGCCGCCUGUCUCGAAGUUUAUAACCAAAACCCAGAAGAAGUCAUUCAAAGGAUACUCGAAGGGAAUCUUCAUGAAGAUUUACAGCGCUUGGAUAUUUCAUUAGCUACAAGGCCAGCUCCAAAAUCUGAUUCCACCAUCAGCAGCAAAGACAAGGGUAAGGCCAAGUUGGACGAAACUACUCCCCUUCUUUCACUACAACCCCAUCAUCAUUCGAGUGAACCAGUUCGAGCCGUGGAUCAAAGGAUAGGGGCACCAUCUGGUUCAUCCGCAUCCGCCGUUGGUAGGUUCGUUAGAAAGUCUGAUACCUUUGACAACAAUAUCCUUGAUACUAGAGAUGAAAUGGACAUAGCACGAAAUGCGGCCCUCGUGUCGCAGUAUGAGUACGACGAUGAAUAUGAUGACUCCUUUGACGACCUCGGCUUGAGUGUAUCCGAGAUGCGGUUAGAAGACGAAGAGUCGUUAAACCAGAGAAUCCGGUUUGCUGAUUCGGGCAAGUCUGAACAGGUUAAUUCCGGUCGAGACCCAUCAGAAUCCUCGAAGUGGGGUUCCAAAAAGAAGCCACAGUAUUAUGUGAAGGACGGUAAAAACUACAGCUACAAGGUGGAAGGUGCGAUUGCAGUUGCAAACAAGGAUGAAGCUCAAAUUUUGACAGAAGUGCAAGCAGGAUUAAUACAUGGUCUUGGAAAGGGUGGUAAUGUUCCGUUCAGUGGAUCUAGGAAGUUGAUGGAUGAGCAGCAAGAGCAAGGAGGGCAGUCCGAUGGACCUGAGGCGGAGAGAAGAGAGUACGUCGACAGAGGGUUUAGGGGUAGGGUAAGGAGAGGCGGCGGAAAUGGAGUAGGAGGAAGGUCGAGGGAGUCACAAGACGAGCAGGGUGAUCAACAAAAUGCAGGUCCUGAAAUGGAAGGAAGUGCGAAUUUCGGAAGCUCCAGAGGCGGCAGGGGACGGGGGCGAGGUGGUAGGGCAAGUGGUGCGGCGGCUAAUCACCAUAGGAAGGAUAGAGCAAUACGUAAGCAUCUAGCUGGGUUAUGAGUUCUCUCUUGAUCUGGGUUUUGGGAGGGUUGGGAAUACGGUCUCUUUGGAUGCACUCAUCACAGGUUCUCCAUAUUUCUAAUGAGUUUUUUGUUUUUGAUUUAGGGGUUGACUGGUUGGAUACUAGUUUAUAAUUCGGCCCGUUGGCCGAUUAACAUUAUGCAUGUUAAUAUUUGAUUGUUUAUAUUUAUUUUGCAACGAUGUGGUUGAGUUCAAACCAUAUCAAACUCAUUAGAAACACAGUCCAUUAAUGAAACAAAUUAUAGAAU